UAUGGGAGAACCUGCUCAGACUCGGAGAGUACAGCCGUGGGGUACCUGUGGGCGAGGGUUGUGCUGUUCUGGUGCGGGGGCCUAGUCCGUUAUUCUUCGACAUGGGCAUCAGGGACGCCGCAAGUUUCACCAGGGGGUUGGUGGGGCUGAUAAUGCUGGCAUCAUGACUUCGUAAUGCAAAAAAAUAGGGGGUUGGGAGAAAACUAUUCCUACGGACCUUGGUCCUUCGCUAUUCGUAUGAUCCCGAAGAUGCUUGAGACGGCACACAAGCAUGCAGUCAACCCAAGGCCCGUCAUUGUUGCAAGCGACGUGCACUAUUGGACGAAGAUCGAAAAGGAUGACAUCGCUUCUCCUGGCAUCCUCGCGGAGCUGUCAGAUAAGGAGCAUUGCACAGAAGAGGCAAUGACGCAUCGAUAUCAUGAUACCAAACUGUUCAAUGUCCUCUUCUACCAAGAUCUUCAACCCCGUGUCUUCCCACCGUCAGCUCUGUCGCACCCUGGACUUUCUUUCUCAGGCCUUGGAUCUGGUGUCUCUGCAGGGAAGGCAAAUACCUGCGACGAGGCGAGAGGAACUUGCGUUCAGUACGGAAGAAGGAAUACCGGCAGCUGGUAUACGAUGCUGUAGACUUGGCAAGUAUAUUCGUAUGUCUGAGGCCGUGAGGGAGAGCGACAUUGUCAACUUGUGCAGGAAGACGCUGUUUAUUCUCUGAAGGCUGCCAAAUCAGUGGCUGUCCGUCUAGACAUUUCUAUAGUGCUUACUGUUGGAUCUCGUCGCCUGUCAAGGUGUAUCA